CGUUUGUUCGGCAGCUUUUUUUCUUCUCUCGUGCGCUUGCAUGCAUUUGAUGCUCGGUUGGCGCUGGUGACUUUUUUUAUCACGCAACAAGAGAAGAAGCCGUGUGUGAGUCAAAAAGGCAGCAGCAAACGACAAGUCGCAAUUUUCUGCUCAUCGCCGCGCGCGUCACGUCAGUUCACGCUCACCACACAUUUUCGCUGUUCGAAGUUUGGCUGCGACACACGGAAUCGUGCGUGACCUGACCACAACCAGUUGAAAAUGGCCAACAAAAUUGACGAGGUGCGGACAUCCAUCGAGACGUCCCUCAAGGACGAAUCCAAACCGUGGACCAAAAUUUUCAACUUGGCCGAGGUGAAAACCGGCGUGCCGAGGCUCUACAUUUUCCUUGGUGGUGUUGCCAUUGUGGUUCUCUACCUGGCCUUCGGCUAUGCCGCGCAGAUCCUGUGUAACGCGAUCGGCGUCGCCUACCCGGCGUACGUCUCGAUGAAGGCGAUCGAAACCCGCACCAAGGAGGACGACACCAAGUGGCUCACGUACUGGGUCAUCUACGGCGUGCUUUCGGUGUUCGAGCACGUGUCGCUCUUCCUCGUCCAGGCCAUCCCCUUCUACUGGCUGCUGAAGUGCGUGUUCUUCAUCUGGUGCAUGGUUCCGAUCGAGAACAACGGCGCCAACUUCAUGUACCACAGGGUGAUCCUGCCGUACUUCAAGAAAUACGAAAAGAGAGCGGAUGAACUGCUUGACCAGGCUGCCGGUAAGAUCAAGCAGGUGGCCGGUGAUGUGAUCUCCAAAAAGCUGUCAUAAACAUCCAACCCUUAAAUUAGCUUGUAGCAGCAGCGAAUGCGUGUUUAUGUGGUAGCGUUAAGAUUUUAUCCCUAGUUUAGUGAGACAUUUUUACCCAUAAUUUGCUCUUCAUUCUUCUUGGUUGAGGGGAGGCCACUUUUGCAAACCCUUGCGCACCAAAACCACGAACCUAGGCAUUUUACAAUUGUAUUCUACAAAUUUGGACAAUUGCUUAUCACUAGUAAAGUAUUUAAUUCGACCAUGUGUGGCAAAAUUAUUGUAAAGACGACAAGUAGAACAGCUUACCAAAAAAAAAAGAGAAACAAUGAAAAAAAAUCGAUCAGCAUGGGAACACUGCAGCAAACAAAAAAGAAAUAAACAUUGCCUUACUUGUCCACAAAUUGUAAAACUCUACUCUCAGCACUCAUCACACUGGCCUAGGUAAUAAACGAGGGUGAAACAGAAACAAAAAUGCCAUGUUUUUUUUUCCUUUUUAAAAACUUCAAAUCAAUGCAAAUCAGCAGCAGACAAAUCGCGCGACUCACCGCUUCAUUUGGGCGUGUGAAAAGAAAAAAAGACACUCGAAAAGUAUGGUUUAUAUUUUAAACACAAACAAACAAAAAAUCUGUAUGUAAUAAACAAAAAAGGAGGAGGUAAUCGAUGACACACAAA